AUGCAGAGAAAGAAACUUAGGGAGACUUAUGGAAGCAACAGGGGUUUUCUUGGUCGCUUUCAGUUUUCAAAUGUGUACGUAGCUUCCUUGUACAAGAGCUCUCUCUCUGAGAGCUUGAUCGGGAAGCACUCUCUCUGUUCCUCCGCCUCCGUAUCUGACCCACCACCCUUGCUUAGCUUGAAGCUUGCUCUGGCUUGGUCUAAACCUACCUACCUUGAAUGGCUUGUUUGUGAGUACCUACCCGAGCAGGAAGACCUUAACAUGUCGUCUAUGAAGCCUCAAAGAUGCUGCUUAUGUGCUAUCUUCAGGUUCGGUCUUUCAUUCCUCACUCGGCGAGAAAGGACUGGAAUGGAAAAAGUAGCUCAUGGGAUGGAGCUUAAAAAGUACAAUCCGCUGUCCGUACUCCAUGACACCCCCGAUGAAUCCAAUACGCUAGAGGAGACAGGUCAAUCCAUCGCUAUUGGAGUAGUGGGUGGGGCUCCGCCUCUUAGGGGAUCAUACUACAUAGAAGCCGUUUAUGACUUAGUGCGUCGUCAGCGGAUUAGAGCUACUUUCUCAUCCGCUGACAACUACAUACAUUACGCAAGCUCCACGAAUACCUAUCGCGAAAGCGCUCACGAAGCAAAGGUUCGAAUCCUAACAUAUGUUUUGUUACGUCCCGAGGAUGCAGUUGGCCGAGUAGUCGCGGAUUCAGGGCCUGUUCAAAACCCAGUCUUAGGGUGCUUACUUCCUUCGCAGGUCCCAUCUUCACCAGCGGCCGAAGCGCCAUGUUUUAGGAUUGCCUACCGACCUAGUUACUUAUUAACCAUUGACUUGGCGGAGAGGGGGCUGAAGGCUGAAGGAAAGGUUGAUCGAGACUGGCGGGUAGGGCACGGCACGCAACGGAACACAAAGACAGAAAAGAGAGGCUCACCGUGUGAAUUAAGAAGCUAUUCCUGCUCACUCAACAAAAGCUUUCUGUGA